GCGCGCGCUAGUAUUUUCUGGAUAACGGGCAAACACUUAGCAGGAAGAUUUAACUCUUCAUCGAAAAGCUCGUCUAAUCUGGAGAAAGUGAUGAGGUAGAUAGUUAGAUACUUAACUAACCCAGGUUCGUAUGGAACAGGAGGGCGUUGCCACAACGAAAAUGGACAAGGAGUAUGAAAACACCGACUCAGAAGGCCGGUGGCAGAAACUGUACUCGGAAAUACGGAAUCAGUCCCACGAGUGCUCCUACAAAGUGGCAAAAUACCCAGAGAAUCGCAACCGGAACAGAUACAGAGAUGUCAGUCCAUUUGAUCACAGUCGGGUAAAGCUGGAGAACACAGAAAAUGACUACAUCAAUGCCAGUCUGGUCGUGAUGGAGGAAGCUCAGAGGAGCUAUAUAUUAACACAGGGCCCCCUCAGAAACACUUGUGGCCACUUUUGGCUCAUGAUCUGGGAGCAGAAGACCAAAGCAGUCAUCAUGCUUAACAGGGUCAUAGAAAAAGGAUCGGAAAAGUGUGCACCGUACUGGCCCACGGCCGAGGAGAGAGAGCUGGCCUUCAGAGACACGUGCUUUGUGAUCACACUGUUGUCAGAAGACACCAAGUCUUACUACACCACCAGACUCCUGGAGCUGCACAAUAUUCAUACGGGGGAGAAGAGGGAGCUCUACCACUUUCAUUACACUACGUGGCCGGAUUUUGGUGUCCCAGAGUCUCCUGCUUCCUUCCUAAACUUUCUCCUCAAGGUGCGAGAGUCCGGAGCGCUGGGCGCGACUCACGGACCCGCCGUGGUCCACUGCAGCGCAGGAAUCGGACGCUCGGGAACAUUUUCAUUAGUUGACACAUGCCUAGUUCUCAUGGAGAAGAAGAAAGACCCUUCAUUGGUCGACAUAAAAAACAUCCUGUUGAACAUGAGAAAGUACCGCAUGGGUCUGAUCCAGACUCCUGAUCAGCUGCGCUUCUCGUACAUGGCUGUUCUCGAAGGGGCCAAGUUUAUCAUGGGAGACUCAUCUGUACAGAACCGAUGGCGUGAACUAUCGAGGGAAGAUCAGGAGCCGUGUUUGGAGUCUUCGCCCCCCCAGCCUCGGGCCCGGUCUCCAGCAGAGCGAUGCAACGGCAGCCAACGGGGAGAAGAAAACGGAGAGGAGAGCAAAGAAGAGGAGAGACUUUCUCCCUGCAAAGAACAGGAGCUGGACGGCAGCACGACACACAAACGGCGCAGAGAAGACAGUAUCUCCAAAUCUGGCACAACCAAGACACCCCAAAGCAGGUCCCGGUCAAAUGACUCGGAGAGGAAGAGAAAAAGGGCAAAAACCAGCGACUGCUAACCACCUCCACCUGCAGCCACUCGACUACAGCUUUGAAAACAAAGCCAACAUCAGCAGGGAAUGCCAGCUCUCUCCCAUCCUCUCUCCUUCGUCAACUCCAAACCAAACCACUCUUCCUCACAUUCAUCUCUGCAGCAAACGCUCAGUCUUCAAAUAUUGUUUUUUUUUUUCUCCCAGGGGAAAGAAAGCUGGUCAACUAGGAUAUAUACACAUAUAUGUAUAUGUGUGUGUAUGUAUGUAUGUGUGUGUAUAUGUAUAUACACACACACACACACUCCUGAUCAAUAUCUUAAGGCCAGUUAAUAAUUAGCAUUUUGCUCUGCUGGAUAUAUACGUAUGUAUAUAUAUAUGUGUGUGUGUAUAUAUUAUUUGUGUGCAUAUAUAUAUAUAUAUAUAUAUAUAUAUAUAUAUAUAUAUAUAUAUAUAUAUAUAUAUAUAUAUAUAUAGCACGCCUUUUUUUUCUACCAUUGAUAGCAGCUGUGGCGUAUGUAACGUCCACGUCAGCGCUUCAUCCUGUCGGCUGUUUACAGCAGCCGUGGACGGUCUUUGAAGACAAAGACACCAGCGUUUCACCCUCUUGAUCACACCUCAACAGUUAGAGCUGCUUCACACACAACACACACACAACACACACACACAUUCAUGCUUCUUUGCAUUUUUUACAAGACUGAAAAUAGCAGCUAUGCAUUGACAAUUUGUAAUGCUGUUCAUAUUUGUAUUUUUGGAAAAAAAAUACAUUUUUUUUCAGACAAAAAGCCGAAAAUAUAAAAAUGUUCUAUUUUUUAUAAGAAACUACUUGAACUUUUCAGGUGAUGUGGGGUCGGUAUGAUGACAAACACUGCUUCCUCCCACAAGUGAACAGUGGCAUGAAAUGUUUCCAUGAUGUACAUAAUACUCUUUUUAAAAAGAUGUGUAUAAGACUUAUUUUUCCUUGUUUUUUUUUUUAAACAAAGGACACUUAAUAUUACAGAUCCAAACACAACAUCAAGCUGUUAUGACCUGCUCUCCUUUUGCAAUACAUUUGUUGUAAAUUUCUCUUUUGAGUGUAAUCUCCAAAUAAAACUUUCCUUUGUUGUUAGUGAA